AUCCGAAUAGCCGUGUUUGGGGCCUGGGCUCGGGCUUCUUGCGUCCCCGCGAAGAACAUGUCACGGGGCCGAAUCGUCCGUAUUCUCUCAGCCUCAAGCUCCUCUACUUUUCAACCAGAUCACUAGCCCUUGACUCCUCUUAUCAAACUUCCGGAACUGCCACCCCACCAGUGACAACACAGGCACCAGGGCAUGCAACAGGGCUGGGACAGGAAGGCUGUCUUCUUCACCUGAAGCCUGCUGGGCUAACACUUGCGGUUUUUACUAGAGUUCACUUUGUAAUAUAUGUCUCUGACUCUAGAAUUUCAAGAGAAGUUCCACUUAGUGACUCCUAAGUGGAAGUUCUAAGAUGGCUUCCCAGUGAGGUGAUAGAAGAGGUUUGAGCUUCAGAGUGCAGUUGCAAGGCUCUCCUCUGACCUGAACAAUGGCUGUAGCUGUGGACCAACAAAUCCAGACUCCUUCAGUACAAGAUCUCCAAAUAGUUAAACUGGAAGAAGAUUCCCACUGGGAGCAGGAAAUUUCCCUUCAAGGGAAUUACUCUGGACCAGAGACAUCCUGCCAGAGCUUUUGGCAUUUCCUUUACCAAGAAGCAUCAGGACCCCGAGAGGCCCUCCUCCAGCUCCGGAAGCUCUGUUGUCAGUGGCUAAGGCCAGAGAAGUGUGCAAAAGAGCAGAUCUUGGAAUUGCUGGUCCUAGAACAGUUCCCGACUGUCAUUCCCCAGGAGAUCCAGAUCUGGGUCAGACAGCAGCAUCCGGAGAGUGAAGAGGAGGCAGUGGCCCUAGUGGAAGACUUGCAGAAAGAACCUGGAAGACAGAGCCUGGAGCCUCGGGCGAGGCCGUCGGGCCGCACCCCUCCUGCUCAGCUGCCGUCGCCAUGGCCAAUGACAGCUGCGGGCCCGGCGAGCCGAGCUCGAGCGAGCGAGACCGGCAGUACUGAGAGCUGUGCGGGAAGAUGGAGAACCUGCUGCGCUGCAGCCGCAGCUCCUUCUGCUGCAAGGAGCGCCAGCGUCAGGACUGGAAGAAGCACAAGCUCGUGUGCCAGGGCAGCGAGGGCGCUCUCGGCCACGGAGGGGGCUCUCACCAGGACUCCGGCCCCGCGCUGCCGGCUGCAGCGCCGCCGUCCAGGGACGGGGCCCGGGAGGCCAGGAAGGCAGCGAGGCGCCGGGACAGCGCCUCCGGGGACGCAGCCAAGGCAAAGGCCAAGCCCGCGGCCGACACCGCGGCGGCCGCGUUCCCGUCUCGCGCGUCCCCGGGCCGGACAAAAGCCAUGGUUGCUUGUUAUCCGGUCAAUGGAACGGGUUAUGUACGUCAUGUUGAUAAUCCAAAUGGAGACGCAAGAUGUGUGAAAUGUAUUACAUUACGUUAAAGACUGGGAUGCCAAGGUAAGUGGAGGUAUACUUCGAAUUUUUCUAGAAGGUAAAGCCUAGUUUGCUGACAUUGAACCCAAAUUUGAUAGACUGCUGUUUUUCUGGUCUGACCGUCGCAACCCUCAUGAAGUACAACCAGCAUAUGCUACAAGGUACGCAAUAACUGUUUGGUAUUUGAUGCAGAUUAGAGAGCACGAGCUAAAGUAAAAUAUCUAACAGGUGAAAAAGGUGUGAGGGUUGAACUCAAUAAACCUUUAGAUUCAGUCAGUAAAGACGUCUUAUAGAGCCUUUGAUCCAGCAAUACCCCACUUCACCUACAAUAAUUGUUGACGCUAUUUGUUAAUUUGUGAAUACGAAUAAAUGGGAUAAAGACAAAUAGACAACCAGUUCGCAUUUUAAUAAGGAAACAGAAACAACUUUGUGUGUUGCAUCAAACAGAUUUUGACUGCUGUGACUUUGUACUGCAUGAUCAGUUUAGAAUCUGUGAUUGCUUACAAGAAGAUAAGCUACUAAUUGAAAAUGUUUUUACCUCUGGAUAUGAAAUAAGUGCCCUGUGUAGAACUCUUUUCAUUCUUAUAUUUUGCCAGAUCUGUUACCUAGCUGAGUUAAUUUCAUCUCUCCUCUUUUUUAUAUAUGUCAAGUUUGAAUUGGGAUAAUUUUUCUAUGAUUAGGUACAAUUUAUCAAAACUGAAUUGAGAAAAAAUUACAGUACUUCUCAAAAUAACAUCAAUCUAUUUUUGUAAAACUCUUCAUACUAUUAAAUUUUGCCCUAAAGACCUCUUAAUAAUGAUUGUUGCCAGUGACUGAUGAUUAAUUUUAUGUUACUUAAAAUAAAGAAAAGGAGCACUUUAAUUACAACUGAAAAAUCAGAUUGUUUUGUAGUCUUUCCUAUCUUACACUAAUUUGAACUCUUAAAGAUUGCUGCUUUUUUUGGACAUUGUCAAUAAUGAAACCCAAUUGUAAAACAGUCACCAUUUACUACCAGUAACUUUUAGUUAAUGUCUUACAAGGAAAAAGAUACAAUAAGAAGAGUUUAAUUUUUUUUUUUUUUUUAGAGUCUUGCUCUGUUACCCAGGGUGGAGUGCAGUGGUGCAUUCUCGGCUCACUGCAACCCCCACCUCCCAGGUUCAAGCAAUCCUCCCGCCUCAGCCUCACAACUAGCUGGGACUACAGGCACACACCACCAUGCCUGGCUAAUUUUUGUAUUUUUAGUAGAGACUGGGUUUCACCAUGUUGCCUAGGCUGGGGUUUAAGUUAAAUUUUUUAAAAAACUAAAGUGACUGGCACUAAAUGAACUUGAGAUUAUCCUCAGCGUCAAGUUCCUAAGAUAAGGGCUUUCUUAAGCUUUCAGAUACAUGUAUCCUCUAGAUGUAGACAAUAAUGUCCCAUUUCUAAGUCUUUUCCUUUGCUUCUCCUUAAGUUGAUUGUACUUCCAAAUUUGCUGUUAUUUUUUUUCCUAAUACUGUGAUUUAUUUGAUCUACAGACAGGAACCUUGUCUCUAUUGAAGAGCAUCAAGGGGAGAUUAGGUACGCCUUGAAACCGAAGUGUGUUGUUACCGACUUAAUGUGCAGUAACUCCACAGAUAUCUGUGAAGGCACUUCCCAGAUGUGAUGCCAGUCUUCUUACCUGUACUGAAAGAUGUUUAGCUUAGAAAAAAAAAAGUGCAAAAUCAGAUUUAAAAAAAAACAAAAAGAAGUAGCAGUGUCGGGAGGAAGGAAGUACCCUUCUGUGGGGAGGAUAUAGAAGUACUUUGUGAGUGCAGAAAGUGGGGUAGAAGGUACAGCUCCCUUCUACUUAGAAGAUUGGUUUGUUGCACUCAGGCUGACCACAUGAAUCUCUGGGAUCCUAAAUGGGCACCUCCAAAGCAAAGAAGGACCUCGGUUGGCAUGUUUUGUAAAACAACAUAGGGGAGCCUGUGGCACCUUUCCUUAUGUGAGUCAGAGAUUACCGGUCCCAAUAGGUUACAGUUGGAGACAGAUUUUAGGUCUGGUUGGUGGGAAGGGCAAAAGGGUAGGGUUAAACUAAGGUGCAGUAAUCCUUAAAACAGUUAAGUGUCCCCAAACCAAUUUAGAUGACUCAGGUGCGUUAUCAAAACUGAAAAACAAGGCCAGUUAUGGUGGCUCAUGCCUGUAAUUCCAGUACUUUGGAGGCUGAGGUGGGUGGAUUGCUUGAGCCCAGGAGUUCGAGAUGAGCCUGGGCAAUAUGGUGAAACUCUGUCUCCUCUAAAAAUACAAAAACAAAAAAUUAGCUGGGCUGAGGUGGGAGGAUCACCUGAGCCCAGGAGGUUGAGGCUGCAGUAAGCCAAGAUCACGCCACUGCACUCCAGCCUGGGCGACAGAUCGAGGCCCUGUCUCAAAAAAACAAAAAACAAACAAAAAACCUGAAAAACAAAAUCAUGAAACCCUGACAGUCAGCACCUAGAUGGAUAUGGAGGGGAAAACCUAAAACUUUCAUCUUAGAAACGUUUCAUUUUGGCCGGGCGCGGUGUCUCACGCCUGUAAUCCCAGCACUUUGGGAGGCAGAGGCGGGUGGAUCACGAGGUCAGGAGAUCGAGACCAUCCUGGCUAACACAGUGAAAUGCCGUCUCUACUAAAAAUACAAAAAAUUAGCCAGGCGUGGUGGCGGGCGCCUGUAGUCCCAGCUACUUGGGAGACUGAGGCAGGAGAAUGGCGUGAACCUGGGAGGCGGAGCUUUCAGUGAGCCGAGAUUGUGCCACUGCACUCCAGCCUGGGCGACGGAGCGAGACUCCAUCUCAAAAAAAAAAAAAAAAAAAAGAAAUGUUUCAUUUUGGUUUUUCACCAACCUUCCUUUGAUAGGACAAAGCAGAUACUAAGAGGGGGAGGAAAGGCUGUUCUGUGUCUGAACCCAGUUGGGCUAGUCCCCAAGAGGAGCGGAGAGCCAUAUACUCUAAUGCCUCCCUUUUCUUCCCCCAGCCCUGCCUGAUGUGGCUCUGGGAAUUCCUGCAGAGAAGAGCAGGGGUGGCCAGGAGAUAGGGAACAGCUCCCAGGAGGCAUGGAGGGAUCCAGAACCUGGACAGAAGAACCACCUAGAAAUAACUCAGCAGAAUUCUGAAAAUGAGGUCACGCUGGAUUUUCCAAUCCAUAGGCCCAAAGUGAACUCCCACGUGGAGUAGGAGGAAAACCCACAGUCUAGAUCUUCAUAUUCUGGAGAAAAGCAGAGUGUGAAAGACUGCUCAGUGGCUGGGGUGAGUCAAGUCUGGCCAGGUGCUAAUCUGGAGAAAAACCAAGACCUGAAGCGAGCUGGAGUGGCAGGCCCUGGAGGAUGAGGUGGUGGCAGGAGUGCACUGGGGAUACAAGGAAACCAAGAUUUUCCUGGGAAUUCUCAGAGGCCUGGAUCCACAAAAAACUCCGCACCCGCCAUCGAAACCACCAGGGGUACCGGAUUAUGGCUGAGCAGCUGCGAGAGCAUGGCUUCCUGUGGACCCUGGAGCAAUGUUGCUGUCGGUUCAAAAACCUCCUGACCGAUUACUGCAAAGCCAGGAGCACCUACACACCAGGCACCAGUGUCUUCUAUGAUGAGGUGGAUGCCCUGAUGAGUCUUUGGGCACUUUCUAACACCUUUGAUGCCUUAGAGGUGGUAGGAGGCCUUCUUUGGGAUUGAGAGGAUUCCAAAGGGAACCAGGGCAUAACACUAGAAGAUGUGGCGGGAUGGUAAUGAUAUAGUGGAGGAGUCUCAAGAGGAAUCCUGGAGCCUUGGUCCCCAGGCCUUGAGGUGGAAUCCCAGUGGCAACUCUCCCCCACAGUGGACCUCAGAGCAGUGGGAGCGAUGCAUUCCUGUGGGAAGCGUUCAGGCUCAGAAUCAGGAGAUGUGAUUAUUGUCCUGGCUCUGCUAUGACUAAUUUGGGUCUGGAAUGGCCUCAUCGGGGGAAAAAUUGGUGACAACUUUAAGGGAAUACUGUUUAUAUCCUGUCCUCAAUAUUGCUUGACUCAACCCUCUAUUGAACCAGUAGUCCAGGGUGGCUCACAAAGACCACUUUAAGGCUCUUGCUCUGCUGUUUAGCCAAGGAGUCUCCCUUCCUGCCUUUAGUAACAACAUUACAGGAACAGAGGAGAGAAAGGUAGGAGUUAAAGAUCCAGUCAUUUGUUUCCAUCUAAAGUGCCCUAUAAGCCAGGCAUGGUGGCGCAAGCCUGUAGUCCCAGAUACUCGGGAGGCUGGGGCAGGAGAAUCACUUGAGCCCAGGAGUUGGAGGUCGCAGUGAGCUGUGAUCAUGCCACUGCAUUCCAGCCUGGGUGACAGAGUGAGACCCAGACUCAGUUGAAAAAUAAUAAUAUUAUUAAAAGAAUUUAAAAUGAAGUGUUCCAUAGAUGUGAACCCUGCGUAGAUUAUAUACACCAGUCUGCCAUUUAAAAGGUUUGUUGUUCUUGGGCAACCUCUUUAAAUACCCUUAGCGUCCAUUUUCUCAUCUGGACAGUGGACACUGUGAUGGUUUCUAACUCCCUGGGCUGUUAUGAGGAUCCUGACACAGUAUUAGCACUUGGCAAAUGUUAGUUUUCAUUAUCAUCAUUAUAAUUAUUAUGAAAAUAGAUAAGUACAUUGUCUUGUACCCUCAAAGGAGUAAAAGGGGGAAAAUGUCUGAGUUAUUAAACUUUCUCUUCUGAGAACUAGACCUUC